GGGAAAAGUAGGGGAAAUGGCGGGGACGGCGAGAAGAUGUCAAAACAAAGGAUUGGUUAAUACAACCGUCGUGUUGUUCGAAUCCUGGCCAGAAAAUAUUUUGACUUCUCCCGUUGCUAAAUUCUUGUUUAACCAAACAUGAAUCUCAUUCCACAUGAACAUCUGAAUUUCUGAGUGUUUCGCCGUCGACAGCUUCAUGGCAACUGUGCUCGACUCCCGUUUCUUGGCGCUUACUGCCAUUGUCACUAUUGGAUAUCAACUAUUGUUCUUUAUAGUCACAGCUCUUCUCAAGUUCGACAAAGUCACUGAUUUUGCUGGCAGCACAAAUUUUGUGAUAAUUGCUGUUUUGACGCUAGUUCUUAAGGGUAGCUGGCAUUUUAGACAGGUUGUUCUGUCAUUUCUUGUGGUGGCAUGGGGUCUUCGUCUUGGUUUUUUCCUGCUAAUGAGGAUUUUGCAAUGGGGAGAGGACCGGCGUUUUGAUGAAAUGCGUAGUAAUUUGGGGAAAUUAGCAGUUUUCUGGAUAUUUCAGGCUGUUUGGGUCUGGACCGUGAGUUUACCUGUCACAGUGGUCAAUGGAAGCAAUCACAAUCCACCUCUCCAAGCUGCGGAUGUAAUUGGGUGGAUUAUGUGGUUAGUGGGUGUUGUAUUCGAAGCUACAGCUGAUCAACAAAAGCUGACAUUUAAAAACAAUCCAGAAAAUAGGGGGAAGUGGUGCAAUGUUGGACUUUGGAAGGUCACUCGUCAUCCUAAUUACUUUGGUGAGAUCUUUCUUUGGUGGGGAAUCUUCGUUGCUUCCACACCCGUUCUGGAAGGUGCUGAGUGGCUUGUGAUACUUGGGCCAAUUUUCCUCACAUUGUUGCUUCUCUUCGUCAGUGGGAUCCCUCUCCUCGAGGAAUCAGCAGAUAAGAAGUUCGGAAAUGUGACUGAAUAUGUACAGUAUAAAAGAAAGACCAGCCCCCUCAUCCCACUGCCUACCGCAAUAUACGCAAAUCUGCCCUCGUGGUUCAAGAAAAUUUUUCUAUUUGAAUUUCCGUUUUACAGCCGCAAUCUUCCCCGGGAUGGGCUAAACUGGAAUAGAACAAGCAAGGGAGAAACCAGUGAUAGAUUGAAGAUGGGCUAGCAUUUGGUCAUGGUAGAAUUCUUGUUUUCAUUAGUUUGAAUAGGGCUCACGACACGACUACACUUGUUCAUUGCCGUUCUUGCCACUUCCUCUACGAUUUAUACAUCGAUUACAAAACCUACAUUGUAUUUGUAAGUAUUGAUUGUUGAUUUUAAUUGAAUGGUUGGAAAUUGAGUUCAA